UGAACGAGUAAAGCGUGAGAGACUUCACUUGAAGCUUCUACUGUCACUCUCUCUGCACUGUGCUUAGUUCCAUUUCCACUCUCUCUCUCUCUCUCUCUCUCUCACUGGAAGAAGGGUUAGGGUUCUGGUUAAUCCAUGGCUUCUUCUUCUUCUGAGCCUGGAUUAAAGGUUGAAGGUGGUGGAGGAGGAAGUGGAAGUGGAGGGGGAGAAGCUUCAGAAGCAGUUUUGGCGAACGAUCAGCUUUUACUUUAUCGAGGAUUGAAGAAAGCUAAGAAGGAAAGAGGGUGUACUGCUAAGGAGAGGAUCAGCAAAAUGCCCCCGUGUGCUGCAGGAAAGAGGAGUUCCAUUUACAGAGGAGUUACCCGGCAUAGAUGGACGGGACGCUAUGAAGCACAUCUUUGGGAUAAAACUACUUGGAACCAAAACCAGAAUAAGAAGGGAAAGCAAGUUUACCUAGGUGCAUAUGAUGAGGAAGAGGCUGCAGCUAGAGCAUAUGAUCUUGCUGCUUUAAAAUAUUGGGGCCCUGGGACACUAAUUAAUUUUCCAGUCAGUGAUUAUUCAAGAGACCUUGAAGAGAUGCAGAAUGUCUCGAGAGAAGAAUACCUUGCCUCUCUUAGAAGAAAAAGUAGUGGAUUUUCAAGAGGGAUAUCUAAGUAUCGUGCACUCUCCAGGCCAUCACAAAGUAAUCUAUGGGAGCCAUCAUUUGGUCGUAUGGCUGGUUCUGAGUACUUUAACAGCAAACAAUAUGGUGCCAGCGAGGAUGUGGCAACAGAAAGUGAAUACACAGGUGGCUUUUGCAUGGAGAGGAAAAUUGAUCUAACAAAUUACAUCAAGUGGUGGGGACCCAAAAAGUUACGUCGAACAGAUGCUCCCACUAAAUCAUCAGAAGAUGCUAAACAGAGAGGUUCAGAAGAUGUUGGUAGUGAGCUUAAAACACUAGAAUGGGCCAUACAGCCCACUGAGCCAUACCAGAUGCCUCAGUUGGGACUCUCCCAUGAAAGCAAAAAGCAUAAAGGUUCAUCAGUGUCAGCAUUGAGCAUCUUGUCACGGUCUGCUGCUUACAAGAGUUUGCAAGAGAAAGCAUCAAAAAAGAAAGAUCAAGAAGAGAAUGAUGAGAAUGAAAAUAAUAUCUCCACCACCAUUAGAACCACCACAACUACAACCGCCACCAAUAACAACGAUGACAACAACAACAACAAGAACAAAAAGAUAGACUAUGGCAAGGCAGUUGAGAAAUCAGCAAGUGGUGAUGGUAGUAGUGAUGGAGUGGAAGUCACAUUAGGCAUGAGUGGAAUGCCUCAUCCCAGGACAUUAUAUCCAUUGGGACCUUUCUUGUCAGCACCGCUUCUGACCAACUACAAUGCUGUUGACCCCUUAACAGAUCCUAUUAUGUGGAGUUCCUUAGUUCCUGUCUUUCCAACCGGACUUCCUCGCAGUACAGAGGUUACAAAGACUGAGACUAGUUCAACAUAUACUUUCUUUCAUCAGGAGGAAUGAAGAUGCUAAAUUCUCCCUAUGUUUACUACAUGCAUGUAGUAAAUAUCUUGUUUUAGAAGUUUUAUUGAUAUUUUUGAGGAUUUCAGUUGUAUUUAGUAGAGAUGUAAAAAGGAAAAAAGGAAGUUUGUGAAUGUUCAGUUUGUGUUGGGAAUGUGUUCACAUUCUCGGUGGUAAUAGUAACAUGAAGUUGGGUUCGAACAAUGCAUUUUUUGGGGAUGUACAUAGGAAAAAGUAUGUAGAAAGAUCUUUCUGUGAUGUAUGUCAAGUAACUUUUAAUAUCUGGAUUUUAGAGAAAAAUGAGAGUAUGAUCCAUUGAUCACUAUUGCUUAAA